AUGGGUAUGGUUGAAACUCAAUCCAAGGAACCUUGUGGGGUUUCAAGUAGUUUAGCUGAAAAUGUCAUUGUUGAAGUUGAUGGUUCAGAAAAGGUGGAGAAUGAGAAUGGUGCUGGAGAGAAAGGUUUGAGCGAUGAUGGUGUGGUAGUCGUUGAGGUUGUUAAGAGUAGUGUUUUUGAGACUGAGGUUUCGAUUUUGAAGGAAAAUGAUUCUCAGGUUGUGGCUGAUUCUGAGAUGAAUAAUGGGGUGUCUUCUGUUUUGAAAAUGGGAGAAAACGAUGGAAGCAUUGUUUCUGAGAAGUUUGAUUUGGAGGGAAAAGACGAAGAGGGAAAAAAAGAUGGAAGUUUUGAUGGGAAAAUUGAGACUAUUGAGGUUCCGAUUGUGGAGGUAAGUGAGAACAUUGAUGCUGUAGUGAAUGGGAAGAAGGAGAGCGAGGAAGGAAAGAAAGAUGGGAAUUGUGAUGAAGAUGUGACUUUUGAGGUACCAAUAGUUGAGACAAAUGAGAACAUGGACGUUGAAAUUGAUGAUUUGGUUGAUGAAAAGUAUGGUUAUUCUGUUGGGGAUUUUGUUUGGGGUAAAAUUAAGAGUCAUCCUUGGUGGCCUGGUCGAGUUUAUGAUCUGUCUGUUGCGUCGGAUUUUGCUUUGAAGCUGAAACAGAAGAAUCGGCUCUUGGUGGCUUACUUUGGCGAUGGAACAUUUGCCUGGUGCCAUCCGUCACAAUUGAAGCCUUUUAAGGAAAAUUUUGAUGAUAUGGUGAAACAAAGUAGUUCCAAAAGUUUUACCAAUGCUGUACAAGAAGCUGUAGAUGAGCUUGGAAGGGUUCUGGCUAUGAAGAUGAGUCGUCCGUUUAUUGCGGUUGGGGAAACUGAGUCUGAAUUUGCUCCAUUGUUGGCGAAGAAUUCGGGAAUCAAGGAAGGUGUUUUUGUGCCUGAAAGUGGCAUAGAGAGGCUUUCGGCUGUUUCAAUCGAACCGGCUGAAUUACUUUCUCAAGUGAAACAAAUUGCUGAAGCUGUUGAUGUUGCCAGUGAUCUUGAGCUGGAAAUAUUAAAGGCUCGGCUUUCGGCUUUUUAUUUCUCGAGAGGAGGGUAUAAGUUACCUUGUUAUGAGGAUCCCAAACGAGUUCUCGGACUUGAAGAUAAAGAUGAUGUUGAUAAUGCAGUGGAAGCACCGUUCCAAGGGCCGUUUGAAGAGGACUUCACUACCCUGCCAUUGAGCCCGAAAUCGGGUGAACAGUAUCGUUCUUCAGGGCUUUCAGGAAGUAGAUCGAACCGGAGAAGAAAGCAGAAAAGCAUUGCUGACAUUAUGGGGGAGGAUAAUGAUGCUGAUGCAAAAGAUAAGGAGGAGGAUUCAAGUGAUGAUGAAGUUCUUAUUGCGAUUAGGUCAAGGGGUAGGAAGAAGAGAAAAGAUAGUGACGACGCAGUGACACCUAAACCGGUUCGUAAGAGAAAAGAGUUGAUUAUAGAUACUAAUGGAAAGUUUGAAAGAGCUGGAAAAGAAAGCAGCGAGAGCAAGAAAAACAGCGAGAAUCGCAAAUUGCGGCGUUCGAAAGAGAAAAAAGAAGAAGCUGUUGACAAUGAAGACAUCAGCGAUGAGGGGAACGAAAAGGAAAAUGAUGAGGGGAAGUCGGAAGAACAAAACAAGAAGGGCUUUUUGUCACGAGAAAGAAAGAAAAGCAAGUACUUGUCGCCUCCUUUCACUACUUCAAUUACGCUUACGAAGGGAAGAGUGAAAGCUGAAGCUAGAAGUGCUGGCCCGCUUUCUCCUCGACUUUUGAAAUGUAACGGCAAGGCACUUCAAGAGUUGGAGCUUUCUGACAGCUUGAAUCACCAAACACAAGAGGAUGAGAAAAAGACUAUUGAUCCAGAGAAAGUUAAGGUUCCUUCGGCUGAAAUUCUGUCCAAAAUCCGCAAUGCUGCUGUUAGUCCACAAAUUUCUAGGGAUGGCACUUCUGCUGAUAAAUUGGAAGACUUUAUUUAUGUCAUGAGAAGUUCUUUGUAUCAUGAAGGAUCCUUACACAAAGUGUACAACAAAAGUCGACGUGGAAGGAAGAGAAAUAAGCCGGAAUCUGAACCUGAUCAAUCUACUCACAUAACACCGAAUGAAGAUUCUGAACCAGCUAAGAAAAGAAAGAAGAUAGCUACAAGCAUGUCAAAAGGGAAGAAGAAGGCUUGUGAAACCGAGACAAGUGACAAGAAAGAGAUCGAUGAAAAAUCUUUGCCAGCUGUGCUUUUUGUGUCGUUUUGGCCCGGGUCCACCCUACCUUCAACAUCUGAUCUUGUGGCAGUGUAUCAGAAGUUUGGAGCUCUGAAUGAAGAAGAAACCAAUAUGUUCCGUAUUAAUUAUACUGGCCGCGUUUCUUUCCUAAGAACUUGUGAUGCUGAAAAGGCAUUGAGCGAAUCGCUAAAGAAAAACCCGUUUGAACCUUCAGAAGUAACUUUUCAGCUUCAGUAUGUUUCUUCUGAUGGUACCAAGUCUGGAGAACAACACAUCGAAAGAUCAAAAAAGAAGUCCAAACCUUCACAAGACAAGAAGAAAGACAAGACUCCGGCUCCGACUCCGACUCCGAUUCCGACUCCAACUCCGAUUCCGAUUCCGACUCCAACUCCAACUCCGACUCGAACCACACAUUCUCUGUCAUAUGGUAAUGAGGCAUCUAAACUGAACUUCAUAAAAGAAAAACUUCAAGGUCUGGUUUCAAUGCUCGAUUCAUCCGACGACAAAUCUCCUGAUUUCAAGACAAAGAUAGAGAGCGAGGUGAAAGGUCUUUUGCAGGACGUGAACAACAUGGUUGAAUCUACUUCAUCGUGA